GGCUUCAGUUAGCUACUUAACCUUGACAAAAAUUGAUUUUCAGCCAUUAAAAAGGUCCUCAAUACAGUUGAUCCACUUUGCCACUCAAACGUACUACACCGCCAUUAAUCCACCAUCAACCAUCUGGCCAAACUAAAAACCAUCUCUUUAUAAUGAUGCUGCAUCAAGUCUUCCACUCUUGCGUAUCAUUACCAUUCUGAACCUAAACCUCUUCAAUUCGACCUCUCUUCUUCAAUUUCUCAACUAUGCAAGCCACGGUAGGUAAUUGCAGUUGUAGGGAUCAAAUCCACCACAAUCCCCUAAAUCUACAGAGAUGAAUCAAGUUGACAUUGAUCAGAAUGCUACCCACAUAAGAAAUCAUUAAACCAGGCACUUCCUCUGGGUUGUUUAUGUAGCAUACAUAACAAGAUCCCAACAGAUGCACCUUUAUUUAUGACAUUAAAUUUCCUUCCACCUGCAACCCAAAACUGUCUCUUCUUCAUACUGCAUAAAAAUCCCCAAUUGCAACUCCGGAUCAGAUCAUCCCAGAGUGAUACCGCAAUGGGGUUUUUCCAAAUGAAGCACAGAGCCAAGAUGGUGAACAAGUUCAGGCUGCUCUUCUUUCUCUCCACACCCAAAAAAGGUACUGAUCUGCAGCCAUCACAGGCAACGGCUGCUGAUUGUUGCAGCAAGGAUGUUCUCGAUUCGGGCAAUAAUCAGCAGGAAGAAGAGCUGGUGGUGGGGAGGAUUUCGGUGAAAGAGUACCUGAGACCGUCGGAGAGGCUGGUGUUUGAGCCGGCAGGGAGCACGAGGUCGAUACUCGAGGCCGCAAAAGUUCCCUUCCCGGACUGCGUGGUGGCGGCCGUGGACACCGGAGAUCCGAGGGCGGAUUUUCGAGCUUCGAUGGAGGAGAUGGUGGAGGAGCUGCGGCUGGAUGGUGCGGAGCAGCUGGCGGAAUUGUUGGCGUGGUACUUGAGGAUGAACGCGAGGGAGAAUCGUUGCUACAUUGUUGAAGCCUUCGUUGAGAUGUUUGCAGGUUCCUCUGUUCUUGCUUUGCCCUGCUUGUAAAGUCACACUAGCACAGCACAGGUUAUGGGAUGGGCCUGAUAAGAAGGCCGAACCAGGGAAACUAUUUUUAUGGGCCUGAAGAGGUCCAUAUUCAAGAGCGUCGUCGUACUCUUUAGUACAGCUCAUGACUUUUUUUUUUUUUGGAUGAAGCCCAUUUAGCAACCUGUGUGUAGAUCGCUGAAGUUGCGUAUUUCAUCAGACCACGCUAAUUAACAUGGCCCAAAAUGGAGUAGGAAUCAGUGGUUGAAAAAGAGUUUUGAGAUUAAGAUGGUUGGUUACUUCUACUAAAGGAUAAUGUGUUCGUAGUAUCCCAGGGUUAAUUAGUGUUCAGGUAUGGUGUUCAAAUAGGCAAAGAUCAAAUACGGAAGUAGUGAUGUUAAAAAUACUCAUAAUUUCGGAUAUCCGUCCGAUCCCGAUCUAACUGGGUGGGAUGAAAUUCGAUUAAAAUAAAGUAUCCGAUGGUAUGGGUAAAAUCCGUACAUUAAUAUCACGGAUAAUGAAUGGAUAUGGUUUUC